AUGCUUCUUUGGUUUCAGGUGAUUCAAACCAAGAAGGGAAUUCCGGAGCAGAUCCGACAUCUCCGACCGAUUCCCAAAAAGAAGAGACUGAGAGACAACAGACACCAGCUGCCGGCUCUGUUCAGCGGGAUACGGGUGUUAAAGAAAGGAGCGCUCGGAGACGAGAGGGAGACGCUUGCAGAAAUCAAACAGCGAGACGCGGACCGAGCGCUGCUGAGCCUCAAACAACACGUCAACAAAGCCAAACUACAACAAACUAAAAAGAAAAACCAAGCCAGAAGUCUGUCUGAAAUCACCGGGUUGCUACAGAAAGUAUCGAACGAGGACAAAUCCGCGGCGACGGAUUCGUCUUCUGAUGCUGUUGCUGACAAAUCCAUAUUAUUCAGCUCGAAACCUGCUCAGAAGGAUCCGCUGGAUGCAGCGCUGGAUCUGGACGCUGUUCGGAGGAAGAAGAAGAACGAUAAAGAGCUGCUGAGGUCUAUCUUUGAGAGACAGCUGAGCAAAGCUCCGGUCGCUGAGGAGAAAUCUGAGGUCACGUGUCCGUCCGACGGUGAGGAUCGAACCCCUGGCCGUCUGCAGGCCGUCUGGCCUCCACCUAAAGAGGACGGAGAGGAGAAGGUGGGCCUGCGUUACACUGAAGCCGAGCACCAGGCCGCUCUCCUCCAGCUGAAGAGAGAGAGUAAAGAGGAGCUGGAGAAACUGCACGCGGAUUUCGAGCUGCAGAUCUUCCAGGUUCGAGGCGAGCAUGCGGAGGUGGUGUCGCGUCUGGAGUCGGUCAUCGGCGGGAUGCAGCGGGAGCGAGUGUAUAAUACUGUACGGGAGCACGGCGUGCUGCAGGACAUCUGCGUCUCCACCGAAGACGACCAGCCGCCCAAAAGCUUCCGUAACGUGUGCGUCCAGACCGACCGCGAGACCUUCAUCAAAACCCCCGAGGGAGACGGGGCCAGACCAGCGCCGGGCACCAGCUCCAGCCCGCCCAAAAAACUGGACCUGGACUCCAUCAGCAUGAGUUUGGGUGUGGGUCCAGGACCGCCUCCUCUUCCUGGAAGCUCCGCCCCUCCUCCUCCUCCGCCCUUACCUGGACUCGCACAUGCCCCGCCCCCUCCUCCACCUCUUCCAGGACCUCCGCCUCCUGUUUUUGGCGGGUUUGGAUUCGGACAGGCGACUGAGAAAGCGCCGCGUAAACCUGCUGUCGAACCGGCCUGCCCCAUGAAACCACUCUACUGGAACCGCAUCCAGAUUCAGGACAAGAAUAAUAACACGCUCUGGAGUUCACUGGAAGAGCCUGAUAUCAUAAACACACAAGAGUUUGAGGAUCUGUUCUCCAAAGCCACCGUCCAGACCAAGAAGAAACCGCUGUCAGACACGUACGAGAAGAAGAACAAAGCCAGGAAGAUCAUCAAGCUGCUGGAUGGGAAACGCUCUCAGGCCGUGGGAAUAUUAAUAUCCAGCCUCCAUCUGGAGAUGAAGGACAUUCAGCAGGCUGUUCUGACGGUGGAUCAUUCUGUGGUGGAUCUGGAGACCGUCGAAGCUUUAUAUGAGAACAGAGCGCAGCCUGAGGAACUGGAGAAGAUCAGGAAACAUUACGAGACGUCUAAAGAAGACGAGGUGAAGCUCCUGGAUAAACCUGAACAAUUCCUGUACGAACUCUCCCAGAUUCCCGACUUCGCUCGCCGCGCGCACUGCAUCAUAUUCCAGUCUGUGUUCGUGGACUCCAUAUCGUGCGUCCAUCGGAAAGUGGAGAUCAUCUCUGCUGUGAGCAAGGCUUUUCUUGAGAAUGACAGCGUGAAGGACGUGAUCGGCCUCAUCUUGGCCUUCGGAAACUACAUGAACAGUGGAAACCGGACCAGAGGACAGGCGGACGGAUUCGGACUGGAGAUUCUGCCUAAACUAAAAGAUGUCAAGAGCAGGGACAAUCGGAUAAGUCUGGUGGAUUAUGUGGUGUCGUACUAUCUGCGAAACAUGGACGAGAACGCAGGAACAGAGAAGAGCAUUUUCCCGCUGCCUGAACCUCAGGAUCUCUUCCACGCUGCUCAGGUCAAGUUUGAAGAUCUCGCAAAAGACCUUCGCAAGUUAAAGAAGGAGCUGACAGCGUGUGUGAAGGAGGUUGAGCAGGUGUGUGAAAACUCCUCUGAGGAACAUCUACAGCCCUUCAAGGACAAGAUGGAGACCUUCGUCAGCACUGCACAAUCAGAGUAUGAGACUGAAGACGAGCGGCUGCAGGCGGCACAGAAGAGUUUCCAGGAGAUGGUGAUGUACUUCGGGCUCAAACCCAAGCCUGGAGAGAAGGAGGUUUCUCCAAACUUCAUCUUCAUGCUGUGGUACGAGUUCUGCAAUGAUUUCAAGAGCACCUGGAACCGAGAGAAUAAAAACAUCUCCAAAGAGAGACUCAAAGAAGCUCAGCAGACGGUCCAGAAAAUCACAGCUGAGAAGAAAGUGGAGACGAAGAAGACCAACGCAAACAGUCUAAAAGAGCGACUGCGAAAGAAAGAAGCCGGCGUGUCGUCCAGCUGAGACAGAAACAGAUGCAUGCUGUUUGUGUUCGUUCAGAGGAUCUGCUGAGGAUCUGAAGGAUCAUUUCAGAUCACUCCAUCAUCAGAUAUACCAGAAAACAGCCCGAAAUACUGCAUCGAGUGUGUGGAGCCACUUCAGCACGAGAGAACCGUCCUAUUAAACAUAUGCUGAUGGCAAGAAACAUCUGACAUCAAUAUAUCUAUCAGAAUCAGCAGUGCCUCAUAUUCCUCAAACAGGGCCUCAUUUAUAUUAUCUGUGUUUGGACUUGAAUGGCGUCACUCGCUUCUGCCUCGGUGUUUCACCACAUUUUUUACUUUUGCCAAAAUGAAGCACUUUUACACUCCUCACUCGUGGAGCCUAUGCAAUAUCCUCCGUUUCAAAAGAGAAAUGUGCAAAUCAUAUCCAUGCAUUAAAUGUGAGAAAACUACUGAUGUAUGUUAUGAUGAAGAACGAAUCAUAUUUACCCUACAGUGAGUGUGCGACUACAUCUUCAUGCGUAAAUGAGUGAGUCAAAGUCCUGUUUAUUCACAGAACGAAGGUUUUAUUGAGGGAUAUAAUGUUGUGAGGAUGCCAGAAAAUUAUAAUGUUUCCCUGUUGGUUUAUGUGUAAUGAAUUCUGUAAUUUAUCCAGUUAUUUCAGGCCCAGAUGUGUUGAAAACCUCCUGGAACAUUAAUACAGUGUCAGAUUUUAUUGACAUUUUUUUAUUAAUUUCCUGUGACAACAUGUACAUUUAUUAGGUGCAAUAAACGGACAUCAGUGUCUG